AUUGCUAGAGAGAGAGGAGGAACCCGCUUGGUCGCUCGUGGAUUGGUGUCUUGACGGUACAGACAGUCCUUUCCCUCCCUCUACCCUACCUAGUGCCUCCACUGAGAAAAGUCACACCCUUGUCCAGUCCAAGGGCAAACUAAGUUGGUAGAAUGAAAAGCAAUUCAAUUCAGAGAUGGAGUAUUGGUGUCCGAAGCACAGUAGUUCAACUGUGGUCGAGAAUCAUUAAGACCCCAGUGGUGGGUUAAGGGUAGACGGACAGACAGACGUUGGACAGAAAGCUCUCGCUCGUCUGGGAUUAAAAAGGGACUAAGAGAGGCAGAAGAACCAAGACUACGGUAAAGACAGCCCUCCUCCUUCCCGCCCCUCACCGGCUGUCUCGUCAUGUUCCGGCGGAAAAAGAAGCGGAGGCCGGAGAUCUCGGCGCCACAGGACUUUGAGCAUCGGGUCCACACGUCAUUCGACGCAGUGCAGGGGUGCUUCGUGGGCCUGCCGCCCCAGUGGCAGAGCGUCAUUGACAUCCUGAGGAGGCCAAAACCAGUGGUGGACCCGUCCCGGAUCACCAAUGUGGAGCUCAGGCCCAAGAAGACCAUUUGUAGGGGGAGUUUCAUAGGACACGGAGACUACAUCUCCCACGUCAUCUCAGAGAUGACUCGUCUUACCGUCACCAGUUCCAACUCGCUCCGGAAGAGCAGUCCUUCGGCGCGGCAACGGGCACGCUCCAUGGGGCGUCUGGGCGAGCUCGUCGAAGGGGACACGUAUCAGUAUGAGGAGCUGGACCAAGAGAAGCGUCAUAACGGCGGUAACAGCUACUGGCAGGUACAAAGCGAGAGCGGCAGCCCCAAACUGGCUCUUAGGAAAACAUCCACCCUCCAGCCCAAUGGGGUACUGCCUCGGGCAAAGUCGACGCAUGAGAUGAGCACGGCAGCUGGGGAUAAACCUGCACCUCUGCCGAAGGGGCCAGUCCCCACGCCCCCUAGAGGAGGCGGCACAGGUCAUUAUACACGUAGCGAAUGGUCGGGACUUAUAAAUCGGCCGGGACAACAGAUGGGGAUGCCGCAAAAGGGCAAGGUAGCCAAUCAGAGGCCGGCAUCCUGCUAUAACCUGCAGACCCUGCAGACGCAGCAGCAGGUCAACAUGAGGGUCAAGCCUGGGGUCAGUCACCUGCCGGACCUUCUGACUUCCUCCAAGGAUACUUCUCCUCAGAGACCCCACUCGUCCUGUGACCUGAAGAUGAAUUCAUUAGGGCCCUCGGCCAUGUCCUUACCCAAUGGCACCAGCAGCCUGAUCGCAGGCCGAGGGCGAACCCACAGACCCUCACGCUCCUCCUCCAGCUACACCAUUGGAUCGUUAUCACCCAUAGUUCAGGGGGCUACCAUGCCCCUACUCCCCAAACAGGACAGCCCAUCCCAGCCCCGGCCUUCUCCCACGGGCUCCCCGGCCACCAGCUCAACAGGAACGGCCCAGCAGCAUCAGCCCAAGCUCGGGCCAGAGCCUGAGCCGGCCAAAGUGACCCAUGAGCAGUUCAAGGCGGCCCUGCAGAUGGUAGUUGACAAGGGAGAUCCGCGCACCUCCCUGGAGAACUUUGUGAAGAUCGGGGAGGGCUCCACGGGGGUCGUGUGCAUUGCCCGCGAGAGGCAUAGCGGUCGGCAGGUGGCGGUGAAGAUGAUGGAUCUCCGUAAGCAGCAGCGCAGAGAGCUGCUCUUUAACGAGGUGGUGAUCAUGAGGGACUACCGGCACAACAACGUUGUGGAGAUGUACAGGAGUGCCCUGGUGGAAGAGGAGCUGUGGGUUAUCAUGGAGUACCUGCAGGGCGGCGCUCUAACCAACGUCGUGUCUGAAACCAGGCUGAAUGAAGAGCAGAUAGCCACCGUGUGCGAGGCUGUGCUGCAGGCGUUAGCCUAUCUCCAUUCCCAGGGAGUUAUCCACCGUGACAUCAAGAGUGACUCUAUACUGCUCACGCUGGAUGGGAGGAUCAAGCUGUCAGACUUUGGAUUCUGUGCUCAGAUCAGCAAAGACAUCCCCAAAAGGAAGUCCUUGGUUGGAACACCGUACUGGAUGGCUCCAGAGGUUGUGUCAAAGACUCCAUAUGGAACUCAGGUGGAUGUGUGGUCCCUGGGUAUCAUGGUGGUAGAGAUGGUGGAUGGAGAGCCUCCGUACUUCAGCGACACACCAGUGGCAGCUAUGAAGAAACUGAGGGACGAGCCGCCACCCACAGUCAGGAACACACAGAAGAUCUCCCCUGUGUUGAAGGACUUCCUGGAUCGUAUGCUAACACGGGACCCCCAGGAGCGGGCUACCGCUAGCGACCUGCUGGAGCACCCCUUCCUGCUGCAGUGUGGCUCACGGCAGUGCCUGGUGCCCCUAGUGGAACGAUACCGUAAACGCAUGUCCCGCUGCUGACUCGCCCAAACACACAGGAUCCAUGGUGGCCGAAGAAUGGGCUGAUCCCCUGACGUCGGACCCUUGGUUAACAGGCGAACUUUCGCUCCAUCCACCGCAUUUGUAUUGAGUCUCAAUGCCCACUACAGGAAGUGGAUUUACUGUCACUCGGUGUGUGGAUGGAUAGAUAUGGAGUCGAUCAGAAACGCCUCUCUCUCUCUUUAUCUUAUCCCUUUUUAUCUGCUCCUUUUCUCUGGAAUCCCUUCAGAUCCACAGGAGCGUCCUUGCUCCCUUGUUGGGCAGCGUAGGGCAGGAUGGAAUUGGAUAUCUGAGUUUAAGGAUUUGUUCAUUAAUUCUAUGCAAAAAAAGUGCAACAAGCCCCAAUGCAGAAUUGCAGUGACCUGAACCUUUUGUACUGAUCAUCUCCACCAUCGCUGUCCAAUUUGUCCGACUGACUUUGAAAUGUAACAAUUACGACUGACUUUGGUACUAUACUUGUUUGGUAAUUCGUUCUGUAAAACAAAUGAAUGACCAGACCCUUUCUACCAGAUCACAUAGUGGUAGCCCUGGACUUGAUCAGGGGAUGAUCUACAAAGUUGUCCCAAGCAGAAGCUUUGUUUUGGUAUUGCUGGAGAAACAUGUUUUUAUAGAAUUUCAAAAUGGAUAAAGUAUUUCGGAUAUUGCAGAUAUGAAUGUGAGUAGUAUAGUAAAGAGUAAGACUAUACUGAGUAUAGUCAAUGUUCUAUUGUAGGACAGGUAUCCCUGGGAAAACACUAUUUUAAUCAGAACCGAUCACCUGUAUUUAAAGUAUAAAAAGGGAUCUGCCAUACUUUGGUUAAACAUGUUUUUGACAAAAUAGGCAUGCAAUAUAUUGAAAUGAAAUCAAAUGCGGACAUGAGGUAGUUCAAAAUCUCAAGACCGGAUUGUUUUGUAGCCUACUGAUGUACCCCUGUUAGCUGACUAGCCUACUGAUGUACCCCUGUUAGCUGACUAGCCUACUGAUGUACCCCUGUUAGCUGACUAGGCUACUGAUGUACCCCUGUUAGCUGACUAGCCUACUGCUGUACCCCUGUUAGCUGACUAGGCUACUGCUGUACCCCUGUUAGCUGACUAGGCUACUGAUGUACCCCUAUUAGCUGACUAGCCUACUGAUGUACCCCUGUUAGCUGACUAGGCUACUGAUGUACCCCUGUUAGCUGACUAGCCUACUGCUGUACCCCUGUUAGCUGACUAGCCUACUGAUGUACCCCUGUUAGCUGACUAGGCUACUGAUGUACCCCUGUUAGCUGACUAGGCUACUGAUGUACCCCUGUUAGCUGACUAGCCUACUGAUGUACCCCUGUUAGCUGACUAGCCUACUGAUGUACCCCUGUUAGCUAACGAGCCUACUGAUGUACCCCUGUUAGCUGACUGGCCUACUGAUGUAGCCCUGUUAGCUGAAUAGGCUACUGAUGUACCCCUGUUAGCUGACUAGCCUACUGAUGUACCCCUGUUAGCUGAAUAGGCUACUGAUGUGCCCCUGUUAGCUGACUAGCCUACUGAUGUAGCCCUGUUAGCUGAAUAGGCUACUGAUGUACCCCUGUUAGCUGACUAGCCUACUGAUGUACCCCUGUUAGCUGACUAGCCUACUGAUGUACCCCUGUUAGCUGAAUAGGCUACUGAUGUACCCCUGUUAGCUGACUAGCCUACUGAUGUACCCCUGUUAGCUGAAUAGGCUACUGAUGUACCCCUGUUACCUGACUAGGCUACUGAUGUACCCCUGUUAGCUGAAUAGGCUACUGAUGUACCCCUGUUACCUGACUAGGCUACUGAUGUACCCCUAUUAGCUGACUAGCCUACUGAUGUACCCCUGUUAGCUGACUAGCCUACUGAUGUACCCCUGUUAGCUGAAUAGGCUACUGCUGUACCCCUGUUAGCUGAUGAGCCUACUGCUGUACCCCUGUUAGCUGACUAGGCUACUGAUGUACCCCUGUUAGCUGACUAGCCUACUGAUGUACCCCUGUUAGCUGACUAGGCUACUGAUGUACCCCUGUUAGCUGACUAGGCUACUGAUGUACCCCUGUUAGCUGACUAGCCUACUGAUGUACCCCUGUUAGCUGACUAGCCUACUGAUGUACCCCUGUUAGCUGACUAGCCUACUGAUGUACCCCUGUUAGCUGACUAGCCUACUGAUGUACCCCUGUUAGCUGACUAGCCUACUGAUGUACCCCUGUUAGCUGAAUAGGCUACUGAUGUACCCCUGUUAGCUGACUAGCCUACUGAUGUACCCCUGUUAGCUGACUAGGCUACUGAUGUACCCCUGUUAGCUGACUAGCCUACUGCUGUACCCCUGUUAGCUGACUAGGCUACUGAUGUACCCCUGUUAGCUGACUAGCCUACUGAUGUACCGCUGUUAGCUGACUAGGCUACUGAUGUACCCCUGUUAGCUGACUAGGCUACUGAUGUACCCCUGUUAGCUGACUAGGCUACUGAUGUACCCCUGUUAGCUGACUAGCCUACUGAUGUACCCCUGUUAGCUGACUAGCCUACUGAUGUACCCCUGUUAGCUGACUAGCCUACUGAUGUACCCCUGUUAGCUGACUAGCCUACUGAUGUACCCCUGUUAGCUGACUAGCCUACUGAUGUACCCCUGUUAGCUGACUAGCCUACUGAUGUACCCCUGUUAGCUGACUAGCCUACUGAUGUACCCCUGUUAGCUGACUAGGCUACUGUACUGUUUGCCAACACUGGAUAUCUAUGUACUGUAGCUUUCUUAUGUCAACACCCAUUUUCACAUGCAUUUUUGUCCUUCUCAGAAUGUUCUGUAUCUGACCCUGUACAGCAGUUUAUAUUUUUCAUACACUUCAAAAAUGUGACUUCACUUUGCACGUAAGUACUUGGUAAGUACUGGUAAAGGACAAAACCUAUGAAGGUACUUAUUUACAUUUUUUUUAAAUAAAUAUCUGUGAACAAAUGCUGUA